GCUGCAGACUCAGUCAACCAGCGUGGGCACGCCGCUUCACCGGACUUAAAGUCCUUUGUUUGUUUCCUGUCCACCAAACACGGUAAUUGGACUUUAAACUGAAAGAAUGUCAAAAUAAUGUGAAUUUUUGUAAAGCAGUCACAAAAUGACAGACAGGCACCGCGAGCUGCCAUCAUGGAUGUCGAAGAAAGAGGGGAAAGUGACGGAGAAAGAGCCGUUGAAGAGCAGGAGAAAACGGAAGGCUGCGAGGGCUGUUUUCUACUGCAUGAACGAGAAGGAGCUGGUAGUGGCAGCUGUCUCUUUUCUCACCAACGCUGCUUCCGGGGACGACGCACCUCUCCUGAGUGACCAAAAGGUUGAAGGUAAGGCAAAAGAUGUCUCUAGGAGGAUAAUGGAGAGCCCGGCUACCCCAAAGAAGCUGACAGAGGUGUUACAGGACGAGUCAUCUGACUGCAGUGAUGCCCAGGACAUGACGUAUGUUUCAGAAACAGACUUGGACAUUACAGAGGUUGAGACUCUGCCAUACACUGGAAACAUGCAGCAUCCAGGACCUGAGGGUCAACGGCCAGAACCAGAUCAGACUUUGACUAAAGUGGAGCACACACAGAAGCCAGCAGAUGCAGCUGAGGAUGAUGAUGCUUUACGGCUGGUGCGGGAAAUUUUUUUCACCUGAUGAUGACUGUAGUUGAAUGUAAAUGAAAUUUGUGCAGUUAAUUUAAAUGGAACAAGUUCUCUUAAAGGGGACUUUAAUCCAUGUUAUAAAUUAUUCUGGUAGUUUCUCAUGAUUGCAUUUAAAUCCUCCAUAAAGCUUCAAAAUGGAGAACCAAUCCGCAAAUUGAUUUCACUCAUACAUAAACAUUUAAUUUGUAUCUUACACGUGUUUUCACAAAGUCUGAGGUCCCUCAAGUACCAAAGCAGCUGUUACAUCUCUUUGAAAUCACUGUCCAUAUGCACUGAACUAACAUGAAUUAAUAUGAUACCCUCUGAAACCUUUUGAUGUUGAGAUGAGACGUACAGCUGUGUGUUUGAUAGGGAAUCUGAAACUAACAGCUCUGGGUGAUGUAAGUGUCUGUGGUUGGAGGUAUGUGACUUAGAGAAAAACUUUUUUCAACCUCAUGGACAAAUCCCCAACAUGACGGUGAAUUUCCAGCAAUUAACUAAGAACUGUUUAGUAAAAGAAAUACCUUUCUAACAGGACUUUGUGCCAGCAAAGCAGCUCCAGGUUUAAUGACUCCAUGGAUUAAAGCUUCACAUUCAUAGGGAACUUUAAGGAUUAUACAGAGUACUGUUUUGUUUGGUAGUAAAUGUAGUUUUGCUAGAUGUUGUAGUCUGUUCCACUUCCUUAAAUAAAUGAUGAAAUAGCAGUUUUUAUAAUGG